UCCGAUAGUCGAAGUUUCUGCCCACCAUUUCAGGGAUGUCUCGAUCUGAUAACUGACCAACCACGACGGCUAACAUCAGACGACGGAUGACAGUCGGACAGCACUACCCAUCCAACGUCAACUUUGUCGCCAGGCUAGAGUCGUCAGCCAGGCAGGAUGUUUGGGUACACCAGCUCAUGCGGCCGCUUAUGGCACCAGCCUAGAACGACCGGUGACGAACACAUUUGUCUGACUUGUCAGAACUCUGUCAGGGCGCGACGUUCACAUGCACUCCGUAUCACUCCGACACCAUCUCGGUCUUUGCGGCAAACGUAUCUUCCGAAUCCGAGUAGCCCAGCCUCCCGAUAUCAUCGAGAAAGGCCUCCACGCUCAGGCUCGCCCGCAUCCUGCUGCGAACUCGGAAAACAGACGUGGCAUAGUUCGUUGCAGGCAUCUAGCUCCUCAAGUCUGACAAUGGACUUGUUGCUCCAACACGUCCCAUUGUGCCGCAAGUCAGCAUUUCCCCUGUCCUACAUCGCCCCAUUAUUGUCACCUGCCAUAUCACCUGCCACGUCCCCGUCACGCAUACGUCGUUUUAAGCAUUCCGGGUUGGUCUUCCCGAGGAAUUCUUCAGCAAAAAGCACAUCAUCCCGUCAAGGCUCAACUCCGAUAACCGAGUCAUGUAAAUCUGGGCAAAUCCGCCCCUCCUCGCCCCCCUCUCAUUCUUUCUUGGGCCUCUCAUACCCUCGUAACCCCGAGAAGCACCGUAGAUCCUCCCCCCUCCUCUCAUCCUUCAUCCCCGCCAUCCCGCAAUCGGCCGACGUCCAAAAGAUGCCCACUUUCUACAACACACCGCACUUUGCCUGCCGGGCAGCCAUGACGGACGCUCUCCACUUCUCCCACGAUACUACCAAACCAAAAAAGUGCGCCGUUCUUUUCUCCAACACGGCGCCGUCGCAUCUCGGGAAGAAAAAGAAACCAGAGAUUCUGCACCGCUGCCAGACCAAGGCGGCCCGCCCUUCUCCCACGUGGAAAAAAGCAAAACACAAUCGAGGCCAUCUAGCUUAACCCGCCUUCUCUCGAGUCAGUGCGCCGCAUCGGCUUCCUGCUCUCGUGCUAGGCUAGCAUGCUAGGUACCUUACCCUUGAUGACUCCAGGGCGUGGCUUUCGUCGAGGCUAAGGA